CUGAGAGUGGCAGUAGAAGACUUUCCUGCCAAAAAGACUUACGAAUAUGAAUGACAUGUUUUUUUGCGACGUACUCGUACGUGUCAAGUAACAUCAAGAAAAAAUGUAUAACAUUUUGGAAAUUUUUGUGCGAUAACAAAAGGUUCUUACUCGCUAAUUUGCGUUAGAAGUAAAAACGCAUCCUAUUGAAAAUCCAGUACUGCCGCACUUUGUUGACCAGCCCUUGUUAUUUUUUAAAAUUAUCUAGAUUUAUACGGAAUGAAAGAUUCACACAAGACAUGUACAAAUAGCAAGAUACUUCCGAAUCUCCCUGUAAAAUAUAACAAAUUAACAGGUAGCACUGUUUACUCGGAUCAUUUGCUAGUGGAAAUGAGUAACGCUAACACGAUACAGUUCUGUAAAACGUUAAACAAACCCAACAAGGCUCAAGAAUCGAACAUGGUGCAUCUACAAGUUUUUGGUGUAUUGUUGCUAGUUUCUGGAUUAGAUUUUAUCGAAGCAUGGGGAAAUUACGGCGAAGGAAACUUCAACGGGAGUCGGAGGAGUUUGGAUGAGGAUAUUGAGGAGGCUAGCAGGAGCGUGGAGAGGAGUUUGUCCAGGAAGAGGAGGUAUUUGGUGUUUCCUGCAGGAAGUUCGCUGCAACUUGUGUACUGCCUAACCAUGCCAUCGGUUGGAGUGGGCGCCAUAUUCACCUUCGGAGCGACGGCAGCUUUGGCAUGGGAAUUACCUUCGGAGCCGGACGAACUGAUUGAAUUGUUGGACAAAAAGAAAGGAAAAAGAACAACUACGGAGGCGCCGACUACAUUGCCGCACCUGGUUUUCGAUGACCAUGAUCCGCACUUCAACGACGUGGACUUCGAUCAUCAAUCUUAUUACCCUCCGGACGACAGUUCACCCCCGGAAAGAAUCGAUCUCCCUUUGUACGGAUCCGCUUCCGGCAGCUGGACACCCCAUCCGGUAGCGCGAAAGACAUUCUAUAAUCCCUUUUUACGAGCGAACAUAAACUACGGAGACUUUGGGAAAAAUUCAAUUUCCAGAUCUAUGAAAAGCGGAAGCGGAGGAUACAGCUACAAUAGGAAUUCUGAACGGAACUACAGAGCGCAGAAAGAACAAGUUCAUCCGGUAUUUCACAAGAUCCAUCGAAGAACUAGGAGAGAACUGUAUAGCAAAAUUGAAAAAUUAUUUGUUGCGUUGAAUCGGGACGGGAAGGCUUGUUUACUAAAAGCAAUUUGCGAGACCAGCCAAGUAGAAGAAGGCAAAGGGACACUGAUGGAAGAGAUUUUCAAAGCUACAUUCAGGGUCAAGCCCCACGAACACUACCCAGACGAAGACAAUUACGAUAAGGCAUUCAAUAAAAAUCAUAAUUGUACUGAAAUGUAUCCAACCUGUCAGCAUUCUUUAUGGACUAACAUGUUUUAAUAAAAAAAAAUGAAAUCGUGUUUAAUUUUCAAAAAUCAUGGAAAAUACUGCUAUCUGUACUAUUCAAUGCGGGGAACCAUUGACAGUGGUUAGACUUUUCAUGUUCACUUUUAAAUGAGGGAAUUGAUUCCAAUGUAGUUUAACUAAAAUUUACUUUUUUAAAAGCUGUUAACUUUAGAGAAGGC